GUGUACCCGCUCUGCUGCGCCUGCGUCCGCCUCCACUGCUCUCCAAAGCCGAGACGCGCCACCGCCGCCGUCAGUGCGGGCAUGUCAUACUGGCAGCAGCAGUAGUGGGCUUCCGCCAGAUCUGCUUUUGAGCAGAUUACAAGAGGAGAGGAAGAAUUAAUAAGAGCAGAAGAGAGUGAAGUGAGUCAUUUCUACCCCCAGCCGUGCGUCGAGAAGAGCAGAUGAGUCAAUGGCAGGGGCACAGCCUGGAGUUCAUGCGCUGCAGCUCAAGCCAGUGUCCGUGCCAGAGAGCCUGAGAAAGGGCAACAAAUUUAUGAAAUGGGAUGAUGAUUCUACCACUGUGACCCCAGUGACUCUAACAGUUGACCCCAAAGGCUACUUCCUGUAUUGGACUGACCAGAACAAGAUGUUCCACUGCAGGAGAUUAGAGCCUGAAGGAAGUCAUUCCGAUAGAAGAGCAUGUACGAAGAGGGUGACGAGGAGAAACAGACCUACUGGAUAUAGCCUACAUUAGAGAUGCCAGAAAUGGAAAGUGCACCAAAACGCCAAAGG